UGGGCGGAGCGAUCGAUUUGAACGCGAGCGGCGCGGACUGCGGCCAAGCACCGGCUCCUGUGAGGCUCGCGGCCCAGCGCUCUCUGGGCUCCCCAGAAGCCAGCCUUUCGCCCCCGGACCCGGCCGCCCGAGCAGGAGCCGUGGGGCCGGGCGCCGGCACCCUCCGCGGCGUGCCAUGGGCCCGCGCCGCCGGAGCCGCAAGCCCGAGGCCCCGAGGAGGCGCAGCCCGAGCCCGACCCCCGGCCCCUCCCGGCGGGGCCCCUCCUUAGGCCCUUCCUCCCGUCAACAUGGUCGGCGGAGACAAGCUUGGCUAAAGGAGAUCCGAAAGCUUCAGAAGAGCACACACCUCUUGAUAAGGAAGUACCCCUUCAGCCGCCUGGCAAGAGAAAUAUGUGUUAAAUUCACUCGUGGUGUGGACUUCAAUUGGCAAGCCCAGGCCCUAUUGGCCCUACAAGAGGCAGCAGAAGCAUUUCUAGUUCAUCUCUUUGAAGAUGCCUAUCUCCUCACCUUACAUGCCGGCCGAGUUACUCUCUUCCCAAAGGAUGUGCAACUGGCCCGGAGGAUCCGGGGCAUUGAGGAGGGACUCGGCUGAGCUCCUGCGCCCAGUGUUUCUGUCAGUCUUUCCUGCUCAGCCAGGGGGGAUGAUACCAGGGACUCUCUGGAGCCAUGAUUAGAUCCAAUGGACUCUGCGAUGCUGUCUGGACUUUGCUGUCUCUGAACAGUAUGUGCAUGUUGCUUUAAACUUUUUUUUUUUUUUUUUUGAGAAGAAGACUGCGUGACUUUCCUCUGUAACAGAGGUAAUAUAUGAGACAAUCAACACCAUUCCAAAGGCCUGAAAAUAAUUUUCAGAUAAAGAGACUCCAAGGUUGACUUUAGUUUGUGAGUUACUCAUGUGACUAUUUGAGGAUUUUGAAAACAUCAGAUUUGCUGUGGUAUGGGAAAAAGGAUAAGUACUUAUUAUUUUAGAUCUUUCUGUAGUAUUUACAUUUUUUACUAUGUGUACAUUUGUACUUCUAUUUGACACAUAAGGGAAAAAAUAAGAGGAGAACACUUUGAGCAGUUGCCUGGAAGGCUGGGUAUUUCCAGCAUAUAGACCUCUGCCCUUCAGAGUAGUCUCACCAUUAGUGGCAGCAUCAAGUAACUGAGUGGACUGUGCUUGUCAACACAUGUGUAGCUUUUCAGAAACUUAAUUGGGGAUGAAUAGAAAAUCUGUAAGCUUUGAUGUUCUGGUUCCUUCUAGUAAAUUCCUGUCAAAAUCAAUUCAGAAAUUCUAACUUGUAGAAUUUAACAUUUUACUCUUGUAAAUCAUAGAAGAUGUAUCUUAUCAGUUCAGGAUUUUAAAGUACCGUUUUGAUGCUUUUACAGGUAUUUUCAUAGUGUCUUUGUAGAGAGAUAAUAAAAAUCAAAAUAAUUAUUUAAUGAAAA